GAUCAUCGCAUAGCAGAUGCCUACUCGACCAACAUGUUUCUGGUCUCAUGGGCUGAGAUGGCUGAGUCAAAAUCACUCUCUCUGCUACCAACUUUUCGUCGUUCUUUGCUCAACCCUCGUCGUCCUGGUCACAUUGAUCCCUCCCUAAACGACAUGUACGUGCCCAUCACAGCUCUGCCACCUCCCAAAAAUGACACUGAUGUUGACCAAGACCAUCUCAUCAGCCGCAUAUACUACGUCACAGCAGAGCAACUUGAUAAUCUGCAAGCCCUUGCAAGCUCCAAUGGGUUCAAAAGGACCAAGCUCGAGUCGUUUUGUGCAUUCUUGUGGAAGAUGGUGGCUAAAUCUGACACUAAAAUUGGUUGUGCCCAAAAGUUAUGCAAAAUGGGCAUUGUUGUUGAUGGACGAACAAGAUUAAGUGAGCGAGGAAAUUACCAAAGUCACCAAGCCUCACAUAUGGCUACCUACUUUGGAAAUGUGCUAUCCAUUCCAUUUGGGGGGGAAAAAGUGGAAGACCUAGUUGAAAAGUCGUUGAAUUGGGUAGCUGAUGAAGUCCAUGAUUUUUUGAAAUGUGCUGUAACAAAGGAGCAUUUUUUGGGGUUAAUAGAUUGGGUUGAGGCUCAUAGACCGGUGCCAGCCUUGGCCAAGAUAUACUGCAGUGGGAGUGAAGAGGGGCCCGCUUUUGUCGUGUCAUCGGGGCAAAGAUUUCCAGUUUUGAAGGUGGAUUUUGGGUGGGGGCUGCCGGUUUUCGGGUCGUACCAUUUCCCGUGGGGCGGCAAUGCCGGGUAUGUGAUGCCAAUGCCGAGUCCGGCUAGGAAAGGUGACUGGAUUGUGUACAUGCACAUCUUCAAAGAGCAGUUGGAGUUCAUAGAGAGAGAGGCUGCUCAUGUGUUUAAACCCUUGACUUUUGAUUAUCUUAGUCAAAUUUGAAUAUUAGAUUAGCUAGCUAGCUAUGUCAUUAUCUUUAAUAGUAGCAUGAUUGCUGCAACGUUAUAUAUGUAUGUCAUGGUUGUAUCAAAAACAUGAUUGCUGCAUAUGGUUCAUAUCAUUAUCAUAUGUUAGCCAAUUAUCAUAUAUCCAAGUGUUACGCCUACUUACUCUUUAAGUGAGUGUUCAUUAGUCA